CCUGGCGCGUCGUGAGCAAAAAUGGAGGAGAUCGGAGGUAUGAGAGGAUGGAGACUCAACCUGUUCAUCGACGAUGAGUCGUACAGGUACGUCCGGGCAGCGAGCUUCCGCCUGUAC